AUGGAGCUUUCAGCAGAGCAGCAGCGGUUGGUGAUGGACAUGAUCAACCGCCAGGUGGAGGAAAGAGCCGCCGCGGACAGGCAGGCAGCGACGAACAUGAUCGAACAGGAGCGUGCCAGGUUCAAUGAACAGCUGCACGCAGCGACCCAGCAGAACAACCAGAUGGCCGAGCAACUCCGUGCUCUGGAGCAGGCACGGCAGCAACAGCAGGCGGCGUUCCAAGCAUUGCAGGCGCAGCAGCAGCCACAACAGCCAGGCAUCAGCUCGCUCAGCGAGGAGGCGUGCCAUCUGAUGGAUUCCAUCGAGGAGGGCCCAGAGACCGACGUGACCAACGGUCCUGACAUCGUCAGGUACGGCCUAGAGACGUUAUCAAAGAAGCUCAACUUCGCGUUGGUGAUGCUUACGCGCAAGACCGUGGCGUUGAUGGGCCAGAUCUUGGACUACGCGCUCGGCGAGCCCAAGGAGAAGCUUGCGGACAGCGUGAAGUGCUCAACGCUUAUCCUCAAGUCCCCGAAGAUCUUGAAGGACCAUCUUUUGCUCACCACAAAGAAGAAGGAUUACGGCAAGCUCCGAGCGAAGGUCGAGGACUACAUGCACAACGUGGUCAACGCCAAGCCGAAGAAGAAGGGCGAGGACCAAGAUGCCAUGGACGUCGGUUGCACCUGCGGCAAGGAUUUCAAAGGCAGCAGGUACGCCGGUUGCAAGGGCAAAGGAAAAGAUGGUAAGUCGAAAUCCUCCGACGGCACAGGCAAGGACGGCAAGUCGAAGUCGUCCGGCAGCAAGGGCAAGGAGUCGCAGCAGGCCGAUGCGGGCAACAGGAAGGCGACCAACAAGGACGGCACUAUCACCCACUUCUACGAGGACGAGGACGAGUGGAUCAUGAGCGUUGAGGAGAUCUCAGGCGAGGAGUUCGCGCUCUCCACCAUCGCCACCAAGAGCGAGACCCGCAAGUACGACUACGGUGACAUCGGCGACGCAGUCGACGUGCUGUCUGACUCAGGCAGCAGCGCGACGUGCUGCAACCCGCGGGACUCUCCAAAGUCUCCCACUACCGAAGGCGAAGAGAAAAUCUACAGAACGUCGAAGGGCACCGUCCUCAAGUUCUAUGGCUACAAGGACGUGGUGCUUCGCAAGGACAGCACCAACAUCAAGGUUAGGUUCACAGUUCUCGACGUCGUCAGGCCGAUUCUCAGCGUCUCCGACUCGGCGAAGAAGCGCGAUAUCUCCACGCACUACGAGUGGGGCAACAUUUACAUGGAGCGAAGGACAUCUACUGGUGUUCGAAGGCUUGGGCUGAUGGCUCGGGCAGGCCUCUUCUUCCUACCGGCGAUGGUUGCAGCUGGCAGCAGCGUGCGCAUUGGGAAGUCCCCAGUGCACCACGUCUUCAACAACGAGAGCGCCACGGAACUCGACUUCGGCCCCGUGUCAACCGAGGUGCCGCACCCCGCGGAAGCGGCGCCGGUGGUCGACUACUUCUUCAUGCGUCUGGUCAAGGCGGGGCAGAUGCUGACGCGUCUGUCCGCUGUGGAUUCAGUGUAUCGGCGGAGGCGAGCCGCCGUUCUGGACGCAGAGGGCAACACCGACAAGUACGCGGUGCGCAUUCUGAAAAAUUUCGGAGACCAGCUCGGUUUCGAGAAGAUCAUCUGGAGGACCGAUCCAGAACACUCGGCUGCCGACCUGAUCAGAUCGGCCUGCCACGGCCGGGACGGUUGGACGUACGAGUCUAGCCCCAAGGAGAGCAAGGGCAGCGUCGGCCUCGUCGAGCGCACCCACCAGGACGUCGAGGGUCUGACGAGGACCAUACUUCUGGACGUCGAGAGCAGGCGCGGAGUUGAGCCGCCAGCCGUGUUCCCUCUCAUCGAGUGGAUUGUUCGGCAUACUGCGUGGCUCACGGACAGGUUCUGGCGCGCCCCUGGUGUUGGAGUCACGCCGUUCGAACUCCAGCACGGGAGACAGUAUCACAGUCCGAUGGUUCCAUUCGCAGAGACAGUCAUGUGGAAGGAGCCUGGACCUCACACACUCAAGUUGCGUGAGAAGUUUGGCCAGGGCAUUAGGGUCGGCAGGAGCGAGGCCACCAAUUGCGAUCUGAUUCUCACGAGGCAGGGGGCCUUCGAGUGCCCGCAGCGCCGGGUCAAGUUCAACCUGACCAACCUGGGCAAGCAGCAAGCCAAUUUCAGCCAGCAGUCGUUAUCCCAUCAAGUGGGAUGCCUCGGCAUUUCGUGCAAGCAUAGCAAGUUCUGCAAGGAGAGGAACAAGGACUACCUCGAGCAAGUGGAGAUCGAGAAGCUUGCAACGAAGGUCCAGCGCGACGAGGAAAGAGAGCUGCUCCGGAGCAUCGAACGAGCAGAGAAAGCAUCAAAGUCACAUCUACAAUUCGGAGCGAAUGGGAUUUUUGACACAAUCCGUCACCCCGACAACUUCACGAAGGAUUUCAUCCAAGAGGUUUUUACCAAGUACCACACCGCGUGCCACGUCAACGAGGAGGAGCAUUUCAUGAAGGACCUGCUGGACGACCCGAACGAGGUCGAUUUUGGCGACCACUUGGAUUAUGACGAGGACGACGGCGAGGCUUUGGAUCCAGGCCAGGUCAAAGAGGGCAUCGAGAGGGAGCUCGACAUGAUGCGCGACCUGGACGUCGGCGAACCCGUCAGGCGCGACGAGAUAGCCAAAGGUACGAAGAUAUGGACUACGCGCUGGUGCCACCGCAAGAAGGCUGGUGGAGUUCGAGCACGACUAGUCGUUCAUCAGUACAAGUGGAUCGCAGGUAAGUCCGACGACAACUUCGCCCCUACGCCCGGCAUCGAGGGCAUCCGACUUCUCAUAGCCGUCGGUCUAGUCGAGGGCGCUGGCCACCACCGGGGAUGGGCAAACCCAGUCAUCCUGUACAACGAGAGAAGCAGCGUCAAGGUGGCAAUCCACGUGGACGAGCCCCUGGGCGUCGGCCGGGAGAAGCAGGUUCUCUCCCUCUUCGACGAGUACGAUACGGUCGUCGAGACGCCGAAGAAGAAUUACUUCGAGAACGCCCUGAAGGCCAUGGUCAUGGAGAAGUGCGUCAAGGUCACCACGCCAGGGUCCAAGGAGUGGUUCAGCACGAAGGCCUUGGACUGCCAGGGCGUCACACCCUUAGACAGAGAGGAGCAUCACAAGUUCCGACAGGGCGUGGGGAAAUUACAGUAUGGAGUUGACAAGAGGUUCGACUACAGCUAG